UCUGGGCCUUUCUGGGCGGGGGGGAAGGUCGUUCUCACGGCUUCUCCCGCCCGUGUCUCCUCUGGAAGCGGCGGUGGUCGGUCUGGUCCCCGCUGUAAUUUGGUUCAUUGUGCCUUGGGGGCAGCGAGCUGCGUGUGGCUGUUUGUGAAAUGUGCUUUGUAAGUGAGAGGUCAGAUAAGAUUAUGGAGCCCCGUGUGUGUCAGAUCACUUUAUUCUUAGUCAGGGCCUUGGGUGAAACCAAUAAAGUUUGGAUUAUGAACAUUCAGGGAAAGAAGGAGGGGCAGGCACCCAUCUCUGCUCUCUGGUGACCAGGGACAGGACCCAGGGGACGGCUAGAGCUGCCUAAGGGGAGGUUUAGGUGGGAUCUCAGGGAAAGGUUCUUCUCCCAGAGGGUGGUUGGCACUGAACAGGCUCCCCAGGGCAGUGGGCACAGCCCCAAGGCUGCCAGAGCUCCAGGAGGGUUUGGACAACGCUCUGAGGGACAGGAGGGGAUCGUUGGGGUGUCUUGUUCAGGGCCAAGGGUUAGACUCGAUCCUGGUGGGUUCCUUUCAACCCUGGUACCCCCUAGAGGGGUCUGUGAUGAUUUGGGGUUUGUGCUGCUCAAACAUGGGCUGGGGCCUUGGGGAGCUGCUCCCUCCGUGCCAGGAUGAUGUGUCUGGAGGGGGCUGUGCCCUGUGCCCACCUGGCUCCUCAGGGAAGCUCCGUGUGCUCCCCAAACAGCCCGGGAAGAUCCCCCAGAAGGGCUCAGAGUCGCCUGGGCACAGCAGGAAUGAAGUGGACACCCAGUGCUUGUGCUUGGGUGUGAUUUAUUUGCUGGUUCUUGGAAAGCACUUUCUUUUCAGGAGCAGAAUUGCUCAGUUUGGUGCUCUUUGGUUCUGGUGAGGGACCUGGGUGCUGGGUGUGGGUCCCAGUGUGCAUUCCAGGUGCAGCAUCAGCAGGGGCAGGGGAGUUGCUCAUCCCUGUGUUGUUCCUGCUGGUGGGAUGUGGAAAAGGGCAGAGGUUGUGCUUGGGAAGACUCAAGGCAGGAUUUGGGGGAAAAUGUGAAGCUCGAUCAGCUCCUUUAGUCCUAAAAACUGGGAUGGGUUUCUAAAUGUUCUGAUUCCUCCAGCACAGGGCCAUGCUUGGGUAAAACAUACCAAGAGUGGCCCAUCCUCUGUGGAGACACUGGAAAAUAAAAACUGGAAUGGGAAUGUCCAGUCCCAUGGACAGGGCAGGGCACUCUGCCCUCAGGAGAAGAUCCACCCAUGCCUUGCACCUGGAAUCCCAGUUCUGUGGGUGCCUCCAGGCACAGAAGGGCUUUUUGUAAAGGUGCAGAUCUUUCCCUGAGCAUGAAGUAGAUCUUUGGUGGUGGGCAGUGAUCCUUCCCUCUCAUCUUGGCAAUGGGGAGAAAUUUCCUUUAUUUCACCUUUCUCUGGUGAUUGAUGGCAAUACCUGGUAAUAUAAUUUGUAUUGUUAGUGAAAACUACUGUCCUCAUUCCCUCGUGGCUGGUGGGAGAGCUGGGUGUGCAUGUCCUGCACUCAGACCAGAGAGUUUGGCCUCUCACCUGCUGCCCAUGAGGAGCUGAAACAGGGUGGAGGAACUUUGUGGAUUGAAGGAAUUGGGUGCAUCGGUGUGGAAUACGGGCUGCUGGAAGGUGGUUAUAGGUUUGUGGAGUUACAGAGAAAGAAACCAUAAAAGAGGACAGGGUCCCAACUUCUCCCAGCCAUAUUAAAUGGUGGGUGUCCUCACAGGUUCCACUUCAGUUCUUCUUCUCCAUUUUCUCCUUUACAGAACUAAUUUUCUCUUUUUGUCUUUCCUCUUGUCCUCUGAGGAAUAAGGGAAAGGGAGGCAGGAGAAGGAAAUGGGUGACAUUGUGGUGGUGUGAUUAAUUUCAUGUCACAUUUCUGAAGAGGCAGGGAUUUAUUUCUGGGUUACCAGACCUGUCACCUCCACUGUUCCUCCAUUAUGGAAUUGCUUACAUUAAGGUAUCUGUUUUAGAAACUCCCUGGAUGAGAUUGGUGCCAUCUUAGAUCUUACUGUCCCUUAAGGGUCCUGAGAGGGGGGAAAAAACUCCCAAAUUUUAGAAUCAAGAAGGACUGCUGUGACUCAGUCUGGCUGCAAACAUUGAUUGUAGGACAGCUCUUGGAUAAUUUUUCGGAGCUUGGAUGUCUCCUUCCAGGGGCUUCCAAGAGCUGACUUCCCUGGAAUUUACAGAAUGUAAUUGGAGAAAAGGAGUUCUCCUUUGGACCUACAAAAACUGCUUGAAAGAGGAGGCUGCAGCUUUCUCAUCUGUUGUCAGCGCUGGGUCUGAAAGCAGAGUGAUUUUCCAACCUGGUUUUUCAAACCUGUCGCCAUCAAGGUGCCCAACUAACGGGUCCACAGGAAAGGUCGAUGAGAAAUGGGAUUGUUGAUGUAGCCAUGGGAUCAGAGGCUCGUGGAUGUCUUCUGUUGGUCGGGUGUCAGCAGCAGAGGAGCGGGAGCGUGACACGAGUCUCACCUGCUCCUGUGUUCACACUGCUCUGGGCAGUUUCAUUCAGGCAAAUGAUUUUAUUACCCAUUUCAUGCUGCUGCUUUGGGAAGCUGAAGAGCAGAAGGGGGGCUUGGAGCUCUUUGUGGACUUGGUACCACCACGGACUCACAUUUGGAAAGUUACGACAUUAAUAAUUCUAAUUUUCCAGAGAGUUUAUUUCUGAGAGUUAUGUCCUUCUUACUCACUUCUAAUUUUCAAGGGACGUUACCAUUUGCAGGGAGACGGUUUCUAAAGCAGGCUGUCCAGCUGCUGGCCCUGUAAUGGCUGGAUCAUAUUAUGGCAAUUUAUUAAACAUGAAUGGUGAAUAAAAUGUGUACUGGAUGAAAGCAGAAAAUAAUUUUGAGUCAAGGCAGAACUUGGCUGCGGGUUUCCCACUGGAUAGUCGUGUCUCUGAGUGUUAACAGCAGUCCUAGAAAAUUGGAGGUUAUUCACUCCAUUUUUGCAGAGAAAUAGGCUCUGCCCUUGCCCCUUCUGAAACAACCAAAGGCUAAAUUAGUCUCUUUUAAUUAAUCCAAGUGUAGGGAGAGUCCAAUGUGCUGUGCAGUGCCAACACAGAAUUAUGUGCCAGAACUUGCUUUCCCUGGGUGGGAAAGGUCUGGCUGUGGUGGGAAGAAAUGCCCCCAGUUCCUCCUGCUUGUCCAGGGAGGCAAAAUGGAGCCUCUGCCUGUUGUUGCCAAAGCCCUUGGAGAAGGCAUUUUCUCAGAGCAUCUUUGCACACGUGUGUGUGAGUUGUCAGAAAAAUCUUUAUUUUUAGUGUUCUGAAAAUGGAUGAGCGUGGACGCGCACAACAGAUUAAUUUCCAGUGUAGGAAAGCGAGAGCUCCUGCAAUGUUCCUCCUCUUCCAGGCUUUGUCACAGGCUUCUCUGCCUGUUACCAGUGUGCUGUUGAAUUCCACCAUCUCUUCCACACUUUGAUUGUACUCCAGAAGGAAAAGGGGGGGGCUUUUUGCUCGCUGUGCAGCAUCCAGAUUCAUUUCACCUCAGUUUAAAGAUUAAAUUACAGGUUUUGGCACAGUGGCUUUGCUGGAGGGGGGUUGUUUGCAGGGUGUGAAGGAGGAUGCUGUGGGGUUGUUUGGCAUGGCAGUGGUGGGUUCAGCAUUUGUGUCCCCAGGGGUUACACUGGUGAAAGUGCUGUGGUCACCAGGCUUCAGUUCAUCUCCAGAACACUGGGGUGAAAUAUUAAAAUCUUGGUUGGUACAUUCACAUCACCUGCAGUGUCAGGAGCCAGCACUGGGGUUUAUACAGUUCUAACUGUAUUUAAAAUUUUUUAUAUAUAUAUAUAAAAUUUCUAAACCCAGCACUGGGAUGUUGUGGUAGGGUACCCAGGGCAUAACAGCUAUUAAACUGGUUGCUGGAGUUUGAUAGCUUUUUUUUUUUCCCUUUUGAUUUUUGGGGUGGUUGUAGCUGGGUUCAUCUUGUGUCAGUAAUGACGAAUUUUUAGAGGAUUAUGUCAGAACUUUACUUUCUGGCAGGGGUUUGCACCGGGUGGUUCUUGCUGAGCCUGCUGGAUGCCAGCUGAGCAGUGGAGAUGGUUUGUGGUGCAUCACCCGCUCUGUGGAACAGCUGAUCACAGGGAUUUCCUGAAGGAAUAGUUACAUGCAGUGUAACUGCUUUAUCCUUUGGCUCUGGUAACUGUUCCUGCCCCUGGGAAUUACACGGUCAGGUCAGGUGGAACUGUACAGCUUUUGCAGGUGGUUGGUACAGGUCAGUUGUCCAGGUUCGGGCUGAAUCCCUCUCUGUACAUGAACCAGAGUCAAAUCAGCUGAACAAUUGGCCUGGCAGUGCUCUGUGCCUACUAAUUAAUGAGGAAAACAACUGUGUCACUUAGCAGCAAUUAGGGAGGUAGAACUUUCCCGGGGACGCUGCCAGUGGAACCUGAUGUCAGCUGUGAAGAGCCUGUAGCGGUGCUGAAACAUUCCCCUUUGUGAGCCCUCAGGAAGAGUUCCCUGGCUGGGAUCUCAGAAAUGGUAGUUUUGGUGACUGGAACACUGUCUGAAGCUCCAGCAGUAGGAGCUUUAGUUUUGUUAGUGCUCUUGGAAUAAAAAAGAACUGUUUCCCACUGAAGUCUUGCUUUGGCUUUAGGGCAGGCCUGGAGGGAUGUACCUCCAAAAAAACUCAGCCCACCUUUCCUGCACUCCCUGCUCGGCCUGAACUGUCAGAACUGUGGGGAAAAGGUGCCUGCAGAAGGCCUCUUGUUUGGUGUGUGUACAGGGAGGUUAGUUUGGCAAUUCCUGGUUACAUUUACAGCCAUUUUUACUGGAUUGUGUCAGGAUUCCUUGGCACUGGCAGUAAGGAUAUCCGCUGUGUCUGUGGGAGGCUGGGAGCAGAGGCAGGAGCAGCCAGAGGUGUGGGGAGGCAGCAGAGCCUGUGCUCAAAUGCUGGGGCUUGGGUGUCUUGCUGGUGUCACUGCCCAGAGCCUCGUCCAAGAUCAGCCUUUGGACACCUUUUUGUGUCAAGAAAAGCCUUCCCUUUGCUCCAUAUGCUGUGGACUAAAUUAGCUCUGAAAAUAUGAGGGAGAGUCCAGGGCCUUUGGGUGAGAGAAGUGGGGAGACAGGAGUUCUAAAGGUUGUCUCUUCUGGAUAAAAUCCCUUAGGAGAUGGAGUGAGCAGCAUUCCCAUCACUCUGCUGGAGGAAAUCCCGGCUGUCCCGAUCCAGGUCCAUGUGCUGCUGCCAACACUGACGCUUGGCAAAGGACAGUUGUCCAACCAGGCUGAGGCAGUGGAGACCCACAGAGGGUCUGUGAGAGCUCUGCUACAGUUUAGCUGUUACAGGUCUGAACACAAAGGAAGACAAAGCGUGACAGACCUUCUGCCAGGAGGGUGUGUGGGCACCAGAGGCACUGCCAGGGCGUCCUGGAGGGUGACAGACGUGCGAGACGCUGCUCUCGGCGCUGGGAAAGUGGGACAGUGAAGUUUUCCCCAAGACUGUGCAGGGUAUUGUGAAAUGUGGAGUGACAGUAAAACUGAAACCGUUCCGUGGUGGGUCCUGUGACUUCCAUACGGAUUGUGAUCCUUGUUACACAAGGGAUAAUUUCUUCAUUGGCAGGAACCACGAGGAAUUGGAAGGGGAGGGGAUCAGUCAAGCUGAUGAAGGAAGAGCCAAUCUAAAUUUUAGGAUAUUUCCAGUACAGAAUUACUCCAUGGUGUUUCUUCCAGUAUAGCUAAACCUGUCAACUGCUUUCCCUAAGGACUGGCCAUGUCUUGUUUUGAAUUAAUCACAACUGUUCGUGUUUUCUUUUUUAAGGGAAUGUUGAGGCCUUUGGAUAUCAUGAUUUGUUAUUCCUCACAACCAGCUAUUUAGAAGAAAUCUGCAAAAUAACUUUGGUGGAAAAUGCAGUUAGAGCAGCCUCUGCUGUUCCAAAACAGUGCCCAGGGAAAAGUUCGAUUUCAAACCUUAGCUUUUUCUUUUUACUCAGAUUUUAAAAUCUGUGCUUCUAUUGAUGGUGCCCCUUUAGUAGGGAAGUGAUCUUCAGGAAAGAAUGUAAAGUGUCAGCUUUGUUAAUCCAGGUUUGUUUCUAUUUUAGCUAUAAAAUCAUAGAAAAAUAUAGGUUGCGAGGGACUUCUGGAGGUCAUUCUUCCAUGCUCGUAUUGCUGCAGUUUCAGCAUCGUGAAAACACACAGAUCGGGUUCUUUUGUGAGAUAAAGCAUAUUUUUUAUGAAGUUGAUCACUGUUACUUCUCCUUUCAAAGGUAAGCUGGGUGCUGGUUGAUGUUGGCUGCCACCAGGCUGUACUGUAGGAUUUAGGCAUGUCCUGAUCUUGUAAUUUCAGUGGUGUCUCUCCAGUUGUAGAUACUCUCCAGACUCUGAAGGAGCAAGUUCUCUUCCUUGGGAGGAUUACAGGGCUAUGUGGAGGAAAUCAUCAACAGUUUUAUCUGAUAAUUGUGAUGUUUCCUCGCCCUAAGAAAUCACGCUACACGCUCGUGAUUUCGGAGGCCGGGUUUAAGCCGUUUGCCGUGAAAGGUAACAUCUUGCUUGCAGUUGUAGAUAAAAGAAAGGAAUAACCUUUUGAUUCCAGACUCUGUACUGUAAUUCUGCUCUUCUGCACUGACAGAGCUUUUCUUCUUUCACAACAAACCUGCUGCUGUCUCAGCCUGUUUACAGUCUUAGCCUGGCACAGUCGCCGCUGUAAUGAGCUUACGUGGGGAAAGUACAAGUGAGAGCAAAGUCUUAGACCUGUUUGGCCGAUCUGUCCAUCUCACUUCUCUCCUCGAGAGGAAGGUGAACUUCUCUGAGACAGUCUGUCUGGAACUGAUAAAGUGAUGGGAGUGUUUUCUUGGCUCUUUUGAGUCCAGCUUGGGACAAUUCAGGUCCUGUCCUGCUCCUCUGGGCCUGUUGUGGGCUCACCUAAACCAAGUCCAGGUGGGUCCUUGCUAAUAAAACCAGGGUUAUGUGGUGUUGGACGUGGUUUGCUGGGUUCACUCCUCUCCCUUUGGAUGAACUUGGAUCUUCCUGGCAGCACACUGUUCACAUGGAGGGCAGGUGUCAAGCGGUGCUUGUGUUCCUGGGUGCAUUAUUUAUACUCCAAACCUUAUCCACAAAGGUCAUCACUUGGAUAGCACUUGCAGGGUCCUGGAGACACCAGCCUGCCGGGAAGCUCUUGGCUUCCAGCUCACUGGGAGCCUGUGGGAGUGCUGUGUCAUACUGGUGCAACUUCUUAGGUUUAAGGUUCUCAGUGAGUAACUCGGCUCGAGAGAAGCUGGGUGCCAAAAACGUGUCCAUUUUAAAGGAGAAAAAAGAUAUUCCAGUAUCUCAGUUAUUCUUGGCUAAAAAAAAAAAAAAAAGGCAAAUGUUACUAGGGGCUAAGUAGGUGUGUUUCUCAAACUAAUCUGCAUGGAUUUCUUAGCUGUGUUUUGUUGCUACUUGCUGUAAGUGGAUACGUCUGGAAGGACAGAGGGUGUAGGAAAUUCCUGUGCUCAUCGGAAUAGGUGCUGGAAGUAUGGAUCCUUCACAAGAUAUCACAUCCCCCAUGGGGGCAGGGGUUGCCCUUGGAAUUAGAGUGCAUUUUAAGGACAAUUAACAUCCCUUUUUUAAAAUGAGGGAGUUUGUAACGGUGGUUUAAGUUAAACUGUUUUAAAAAUCAGAUUUAAAAUGAGCACUGAGAGGCUUUUUACCCUUUUGUUGAACUUUGGGCACAAAAUGUCUAAUCUUGCCAAGCUGCUCAGACAACAGGGUACUGCUCUGUGUCCUUGCACAGGGAAGCCCUUGCAGUGAAUAGCGUGUCAGAUUGUAGCUGGGAGCUUUGUCUUCCUCUCUCUGUGACCUUUGGUGUGUUUUCUGAAAGCUCGUGGUUGUGUUUCCUAGUUAAACACUUCUCUACCAGAGAAAUUAAAAUUUUGACAUUGUGGUUUUUUGGGGAUGCUCAAGACUGCAUCGGACAUGGCAACCUGAUCUAGUCACAUCUGCUUUGACUAGAUGAUGUUAAGCAGACUUUUCAAUAUAAGUUAUUCUAUGAUUCUGUCAUUAAAGCAGGAAUUAAUAAAUGGCAACAUUCUGUUUGGGUUCUGCAGAAACAGAACUCAUCUUUUGUAAGAAGCUCAAGACGGUUCUCUAGGUGCAGUCACUGCUCAUACUGUAGAUUUUCUGCCUGAAAAACUGGAAGCUCAACUGAUGUUUGCAUGUCAACACCUGUCCCCAUUAUCUGUCCUUAUUUGUGUCAUUCCCUUCUGCCAAGGAACUUGGAUCCACUGCAAAAUGAUCCCCCUCCAGGGGCAGUGGAAGAAAAAUCUAUCCGAAUUCCUUGGCUGUUUUGAGCAGAGUGAGUGAGCACCUUUCAGGCAGGGAAAGUUUUUAUAUGUGUCUGUAACUUUGUUUGCUUCAAAAUUAAAUUAUCUCUGCAGACUUUCUCCCCUUCCUGUAUAAAGAACAGCAGACAAUAAUACCUACCCUCGUAAAUAGACAUUGUGUGCCAUUCUUAGAAGCUGCAGUCGAUGAUUUCCUGAAAAAGCCUUUCUCUGAGCAACCAGCUACAAUGUGCUGCUUGAGCUGGGCUAGAGCUACGUGACAAAAAAUAGCCACUGUGAAAUUUGAUCUAUCUUUAGAUAAUGUGAUUGAUUUUUCUUUCUUUUUUAUUCUUUUUUUUUUUUUUCUUUUUGCCUUGCUGAAGCUGAUCUCGCUCAGCUGGGUGAGCUGGAGCAGCCACAUGUGCUUUAUUGAUACUGGGUUGUGCUUAAAAAAUUAAAAUUGCUAAGUCAUGUAUAGGUUCAGUUAAUUCUUACACAAGGAGUACUGGGCAGAGGAAAUGAGCCAGUGCUUCUCCUGCCAGAAGCACAUGGAAUGAGGAGAAACAAAACCACCAUGAUUGAACUUUGAAAUCUAAUAAAUUUCACCGUACUAGAGUGUUCUAGUAAACUUGCAUGCUCUGGUAAUGCCUGGGGACCUUUUUGGAAUAUACAUCUAAUUUCUAAGUGUCUGAGUCAUGCCAUGUAAAUGCUUUGAGGUCUUAGAUGAUUGCUGCCUCAUCUUCUGAAAGUGUGUUUUGUUAGAGAACUAAUAUUUUGUCCAGGAAUAGGCUUAUUGUAUUUUUAGGAAUACUUCAUAUUCUUCCAUUAGCUGCAAGCCAGGCUGAAGUGCCCCAUCCUUACCCUCUUGGUGUGAGGCCUCAGUGGACUUUGGGACGGUGCUGUGUCCCUUUUGAACCUUGGGACUGGGUUAGUGCAAGCCUGUCUACCUGGAGCUGCCUCCAGCACCACUGGUGUGUCAGUAGGUCAAAAAAUAACCCAGCUGCUGAGCUGUGUCCAUGCCAGAGAGCCCUCAUGGAUGUUUCUGCCUCUGGAUGCAGGACCAGCUGCUGGUCAGGUUGUGUGGCACAGUGAAGGGCAUCAGACCUGUGCCCCUCAAGGUCCUCCACCAUCUUCACAGCCAGUGGUUCUUGCUGGGCCCUCCCAGCAGCUGAAGCAGUGCAGACCUUGAAUAACCAGCAGGACAUUGCCAGGAGAGCGGGAUUUUGCUUCUAGAAUUUUUAUCUGGUCUGCAUUGUCCUGAUAGCCUGAUAACUGCUCCGAGCAGAUUUCUAGGUCUUUUCUCAUUAAUAACUGAUUAAUGGGGCUAUUAUUUCCUCCUGCAGUCUGGCAGUUGCCUGUUUUUUGUGAAGGAGUAAGAUUGGCAUAGCAAAUAAAUACAUUCAUUUAGGUCACAGCCCACUGCUCGAGCCCAUCCACAGGUCUGGGUGUCCCUACACUGAACAGAGCCCUUCCACGAGACAGCUCCCCUCCCUGUCAGUUAUCUUGAAAGCUGACAAAGAGAUUCUUUACUUAAACACCUAAAAAUAUGUCAACUCGUGAAAGAUUUGAGAGGUGCAAAGGCACCACGUUUAUUUUAGGUAGGAUAAUACUGAAGUAAAAUUGUAGUGAGUUACUGUUGUCUUAGAUACUCAGAUAUAGAUGAUAAGAUAUUCAGGUAUAAAUGAUAAAAAUUGAGAGUAUUUGACAAACAGUAACUUUCUUUUGAGUGAUUUUGACUAGUCUCAAUGCUGAUAAAACCUAACAGAAGCUUUGCAAAGAUCACAAGAUAAGGAGAAACAGUUGGAGUUGCUUACCAAGUGCUUCGGACAAGCAGAUGCAAAGAAACAUCUUCAGACCCUGGCAGCAGAAUUUUUUUCUUGAGUUUGAGUAAAGCAUCAUAAUCCAACACAGAUGCCGCUGUCUUUUGGACAGUCAAGAUUUAAUGCCUUGACUGUAGAAAGUCGUGACUAAAAGGGGUUCUCCUCCCAGCAGAAUUGGUUUGGGUGGCACAAGAUGGGGGAGUGAUGAGAUUCCAGCCCGUGGCUGCUACUUUCGCUCUGGAGCUGAAAAGGAGUCUGUCUGCAGAUACAGAAUUCGUGGCAUUUCUUUCCUCUUGGAAAGUUAUCUCUGCAACCAGAAGUUGGGAGCAACAUGCUGAAAGUUGCAAGAUUUGGGAGGGGGCUUUGUUAGCGGGGCCAAGUGACCCGUCUUGUGUGAGGGAGAGCAGGCAAAUUGCUUCCAAGCUGUGACAAGCGAUCCCAGGCCUGUGGCUGGGCUCCAGCCUCUCCUUCCCAGCAGCUUUUAAUGAUUAACCUAAAUACUUUUAUAGUACCUCGAGAAUUUAACCUCUGGUUCGUGUUCUCUCUGCAGGUGGAGGAAUCUGAGGCCUUUCUCCUCCUUGCAGCGUUGCAGACCGGGUCGCCUCUGAUUUCACAUCUGCUCGUUUCCGCCUGCCAACCUGUCUGAUAUGUCGGGACCCGUGCCGAGCAGGGCCAGGGUUUACACGGACGUGAACACACACAGACCCCGCGAGUACUGGGACUAUGAGUCGCACGUUGUCGAGUGGGGAAAUCAAGAUGACUACCAGCUAGUUCGAAAAUUAGGCCGAGGCAAAUACAGUGAAGUAUUUGAAGCCAUCAACAUUACAAAUAAUGAAAAAGUAGUUGUUAAAAUUCUCAAGCCUGUUAAAAAGAAGAAAAUCAAGCGUGAAAUCAAGAUCUUAGAGAACUUGCGAGGCGGGCCCAAUAUAAUCACCCUUGCAGAUAUAGUAAAAGAUCCUGUGUCUCGGACACCCGCUUUGGUUUUUGAACAUGUAAACAACACAGACUUUAAGCAAUUAUACCAGACAUUAACAGAUUAUGAUAUUCGAUUCUACAUGUAUGAGAUUUUGAAGGCUCUAGAUUACUGCCAUAGCAUGGGAAUCAUGCACAGAGAUGUCAAACCUCACAACGUCAUGAUUGACCACGAGCACAGAAAGCUUAGACUAAUAGACUGGGGUUUGGCUGAAUUCUAUCACCCUGGCCAAGAGUACAAUGUCAGAGUGGCUUCCAGAUAUUUCAAAGGACCUGAACUCCUUGUAGAUUAUCAGAUGUAUGAUUACAGUCUGGAUAUGUGGAGCUUGGGUUGCAUGUUGGCUAGUAUGAUAUUCCGAAAGGAACCAUUUUUCCAUGGCCAUGACAACUAUGAUCAGCUGGUGAGGAUAGCCAAGGUGCUGGGGACAGAAGAUCUGUAUGACUACAUUGACAAAUACAACAUUGAGCUGGAUCCACGUUUCAAUGACAUCUUGGGCAGACACUCCCGUAAGCGAUGGGAGCGCUUUGUUCACAGCGAGAACCAGCACCUGGUGAGUCCAGAAGCUCUGGAUUUCUUAGACAAGCUGUUGCGAUACGAUCACCAGUCACGACUCACAGCGAGAGAAGCCAUGGAACACCCCUACUUCUAUCCCAUUGUGAAAGACCAGGCUCGGAUGGGCUCGUCCAACAUGCCGGGUGGCAGCACUCCUGUCAGCAGUGCGAGCAUGAUGUCAGGGAUUUCUUCAGUGCCAACACCUUCACCCCUUGGACCUCUAGCGGGCUCACCCGUCAUCUCUGCCACCACCACCCUGGGGAUGCCGGUUCCAGCUGCUGCGGGCGCCCAGCAGUGACGGGCUCUGUCUCCUGCUGCCUGAGCUGAGUCAGGUGGGGAAGAGGUUUCCCCCUCCACCUCUCCUCAGGACGCAGCUCGUGCCUGGCAGGGGAAGGGAGGGGAUGAACGCUUUGGAGACACCGUGUCUGAACUGUUGCUUGUGGAUUUAUAGUAGUUCAGUCAUUAUAUACAAAAUUAUUAUAGGCUGAUUUUUUUCUUUUUUUACUUGAACUUUUCGUAACUCAGGGGAUUCCCUGAAAAUACCUACAGAUGGAAUAUUUCUUGGACAGUUUUUCUUUCCCCCCCCACCCCACUUCUCCCCCCCCCCAAAAAAAAAGAAAAAUAAUACUCUUCAUUUAAUAACAAAUGAAUCAACAGCAUUUCCAAGCUCUUGCAUCCUGCUGGAAAUCUCUUCUCUUCACGUUCCCACCAUUAUUCCUCCACGAGCCUACACCUUGGGGGAUUGUGCUCUUCUCCAGAGACUACCAAACCAAGUCUUCGUGAGGCAGGGGAGGGGGAUUCUUAAAGUACCACUCACUUGAACCCCAUGUCCUGCAUAUGUCCCAGCCAGGGUACACUGAGGAGACAAUUCCAGUAGGGAGAGGUGGGAUAAGCUUAAAAGGAAUAAGUGCAGAUAAUGUCCAAAAUCCUAAUUGGAUUGGAUAAUGUCUCCUUAGGAGCCAACCAGAAUGCCAACUCACCCCUUGCAUGUAAUUUUAGUCUUAAAAAUGAGGUUACUGAUCCAAUUGGAGUCCUUGCCACCUCCCGAGACAGGUGCUCCUGUAGAGUAAAGCCCUACUCUGAUCAGCCCCUUUCUCACAGGAGGGUUCUUCCUGCCGUUGCUUGGCUUGGAUCUCUGGAAUUAGUUUGUUAUUGGGUAUAUUGUUUUUAAAUCGUUUCUAUAGGUUUCGAGCUGGUGGCUACUUAAAAGCUGGAAAAAAAUCAAAAAAAAAGUCAGACCGCGCCAAGUCCGAUCCCACAUCUUCACCCACCAUCCCCUCCCUCACGUGCCAUGUGGUGAGAAUACCAGUUACCUCACAGUCUUGUAAAUAUGCACUGAGAGGAAGGAGCAAGCAGACGUUAACUUAAACUGAAAUGGUAGACCAGUUAAUUGUGGACAAAUAUUAUCAUUGACAACGGAAAAAGCACCCUUGUUACAGCCCUGCUACCCCUUGCUGUGUAUAUAUACUUUGUCCUUCAUAUGUGAAAGAUCCAGUGUUGGAAUUCUUUGGUGUAAAUAAACAUUUGGUUUUAUUUAUCGA